AGGGCUACAAGAGCAUCCACUGGUGAGUUAAGUACCCCUUAGCUCAUUGACCUGUACUAAUUUAUUCCCCAACCACAUAUAUCGUCCCUUUUAUUUCCCACCUUUUCCCAUUGUAUUCGUUCAUCGCAAAAUUCGAGACUUUUCGUUUCCAGAUCACAUUCAUAACCCUCCAAGCGUGGCUCUCAUGCACCGGCGUUGUUCUGACGGACACGAGAUGCUAGCAUGAUGAGUCCGUUGCUUGUAGUGAACCACCUGUAGUCAUAUCAUUCUACGCACUAGGACUAGCCGUGCGCAUUGUGUUUUUAACCUUCCUAACACAUUCUCAUUUUCCUUCAUGUAACAAAGUUAAGUAUUCGUCCAACCUGGGAACUACGCCUUUUCAUUUUCCGAAGCGACGCGACGCGUGACGGAGAGCGGUCGAAAACCACGGCGUAUUAAAUGGAGGGAGCCGACGACCAUGCCGUGCGGGAGUUCCGUUCGCGUCGUCGUGCCCAGUACAAGUCUAUCAAAUGUAAAAAUGUCUGGGUCUGGAAGAAUGCAAGAUUUGUGAUGCAGGUUUUCCAUGACCCAUGAGGCCUGGCAUGCAGCACCUAGCAUGAGAGAUGCUGUGAGAUGUCUAUCAUUCCUAUCCUGCAUGAGAAACUCCCUGUCAACCUGGUCAAAAGCUGACAUCUUUUGGCAAUCAUGCAACACAAAUUUUUGCAUGAUCCAGACUCAGCAUGACAAGUUCCAAUCUUCCAGACCCAGACAUUUUUGCAAGUCAUAAAGUCGGGCAUCGACCCGGACGAGGAGCGGGCGAAGCGGUACCAGAAUGACGUGAUCCUGCGCAAAGCGGACAAGCACGAGAGACUGGAACAGAAGCGAAAGAUCGUCGUGCAGAAUAUUAAUUCGAAUUCCAACGCGACCACUGGCACCACGACAGGUGGUUUAGGUUUAUUUCUCAACAGUAAUUAUAUUACCACUGGCACAGGUACAGUGUUGAACAAUGGGGAUGAAAUCGAAGCUGCCAAUCAGCGGAUGCAGGAGCUGUUGCGGGCAAACCUGCUUGUGGAUCGGGAGGAGCAAGAGCUGGUGCUGCGGGACGUGCGAGACUCCGCUGCAGAACAUCAAAUGGACUCGUCACCAGGUUCGUCAGAGAUGUUGAGCAAUGCUGACGAGUCACGCAUGUCGCAAAACAGCGAAAUAGGUGGGAGCGGCCAACAACUUGUUAGCCCAGCAACACAACAGGUUGGCACUCCGCUCGCCUCCCCCGCAAUGCACAUGGCCGCGCAAACGCGUCGCGGGCGCGGACUCGGGUCGCCUUCCGUGGAGAUUCUGGCGACUGAGGACAUCAUUGACAGCAUGGACCAAAGCGGGAGCGAUUUGGACGACCACGAGGACGAGGAACAGAAUAUCUUCAAAAAAGCCACCUCCCCCACCGCCAGAAGCGCCGCGAAUGCCCACCAAGAGCUUCCGCUCGCAAAGCUGUACCGCGUGCACAACUCCGUCGAGGAGUGUAUGCUCUACUGCCGCACCGCGUCCAUGCUCGAGCUCUCCCGCAUUCUCCACGUGGCCGCCAACUCUUGCGCCUUUCAGCAGCAGCUCCGCGGUACUUCCUCCACAACAACCAACGGGAGCGGUACCGACCACAUUGACAGCGAUGUUGGAGCAGGGACUAGUACAACAGCGAACCACAACAGCGCUAAUAUGAACGAUAGCACUACUGAUCAACCGAAAGAAGAAUUUUUCGUUGAUGAGCAAUUGUUCGUGAUUCGGCGCGUAAACCCCGCAGACACGAGCCCGUCGCUGAUCCUCGAGCAGGUUCCGAUCGUCGUGGCCACCGUGCAGGAAACGAGGAAGCGGCUCGCGCGGGAGGUGAGCCCGCCCAUACAGGAGUGCAUCGACGCCGGGAUGGUAAGAUCUUUGGUGAUAUGGAUUGUAAAAAUGUCUGGGUCUGGAAAAGUGCAACUUGUCAUGCUGACUUUGGAUUCCAAAAAAAUCUGUAUUGCGUGACCAGCAACAGGGGUCCAGUUUGUGUUACGCGGAGAGGCCAUGUCUCAUGCGGAAUAGGCAUCAGGAAGCCCUCUAAAAAUCCGUGAUGCUAGAUCAUGCAUUACAUGAGUCAUGGAUCAUACAAAAUAUGCAUCACAAAUCCCGGAAUCUUCCAGACCCAGACAUUUUUACAUUUGAUAGGUGACUCUGAUGAUGGAGAUCGAGGAAGCGAACCUCCGGUUCGAGCUCUGCUGGGCGCUGACCAACAUCGCGAGCGGGACGCAGGAGCAAACUGCCGCGGUGGUGCAGAACGGCGGUCUGGCCGGCUUUCUGCAGGUGUUGCAAUCCCGGUCCGCGCUGGAUCCGCGGGUGUGCGUCCAGUCCGUGUGGGCGAUCGGGAACGUCGCCGGCGACGGGCCCGAAUACCGGGAUCUGCUGCUCCACCAAGGCGCGAUCGGCUUGCUGCAGGAGCUGUAUCUGCACCUCCCGGCGCUGUCCUGGGUGGCGGCGAAGAAGUUGGACUGCGUGCAAAACCUGAUGUGGACCAUGGGCAACUUGUGCCGCGGGAAGCCCAAGCCGAGGCUGAGUCUGGUCGCCCCGGCCUACAGCGUGUUUGCCGAUGCCCUGUUGCAGGACCUGGACGAGAAGAUCAGCUACGAGGCACUGUGGGGCUUGUGCUACUUGGUGCAAUCUGCGGAAACGAGUGCGGAUGACCAUAUGGGUUGCACGAUAGACACACAGAGUGCGAAUCUUCAACCAAGCGCCUCCAUGUUGGGCGGUGCAGCAGGUGCAGCAGGAGCUUCAUCUUCUACUCCGGUAGUUGUUAAUAACAAAACCCGAACUACGAGGGAGGAUCUGCAGCAGGAGACGCUGCAGGCGUGCCGCGCGUUUCUGUCUGCGGGAGAGAGGGCCAGCUUCAUCACCAAGAUGCUGGGCGCGGGGGCGGGAUCCUUCGCGUUGACGCGGCCUGCGAUCGACUACACGGUCUUCAACCACGUAGACCACGACGAAUUGAUUUUCGAGGACGACGAGGGCGAAGACGAUAUCGAGAUAGAAGUGCUCGACGCAUCAAAUAAUACAAAUGGUGGACCACAGGACGGUGGAUCACCAAGCUUAGGCGCAAAUAAAAACGUGAGACAGAGGUCAUCCAAGUUAUCCACUAGCUCGUCCUCCCGGUCCAAUCCGUUGGUGGACGCCUUGCUUGUGCACUUCUUCCGGUCCAUGAAAAACCGGUGGGUGGUGAGCAAGAUCCUCGGCGCACUCACGUCCUGCAAGGACCCGGCCGUGGUUGGCGCAACCCUGCGGUCGCGCUCUCUGUUCCCCGCCUUCCUGGCUUUUCUGAAAUUCCCGGAGGGUAGGAAGUUAGAGGAACUUCUGCACCUUUUGCGGAAGCGGGAACGCCAGGCCCUGCGACUGCAGCAGCAGAAUGGGACCACGAGGAAUCGAACAUCGCGGGAGCAGUACACGCAUGUGGAGGACGGGUUCGAGUUUGCGAUGGGACCCGAAGGAUACAGCGAGAAGAAGUUGCUGCAGCACAAACGAGAGUGCGCGUAUCUCCUCGCCAACGUCGCCAGCAGCCGGUAUUCCGAGAAGUUCUGGGAGCUGGUUUUGGAUCCGCCGAACGCGGGCCUGCAGUUGGUGACCGGGCCGCUGAGAAAAUCACCCACAGGAACAACUACCGGUAGUACAGAUAGUAAGAUGAUCCUGGGCGGAGGCGGAGGGGCAUCUCCUACUUCAUCCCAGCCAGCACUCGUCUACGGCACUGCAGCAGGAGGACAACCUCAAUCGGGGCAACAGGGUACUUCUAAUGGGGCGUCUGCGCCACUUCCUCUCCACCCGGACCUUGCCGACUUCCAGGAACAGAUACGCGCGGCUUCGCGGAGCGGCAGCAAGAGCGCCGGCGGAGGGGCGGACAACACGAACAGUGCCAGUUUGUCGAACGAAGAUGUUGAAAACGCCAACAUGACUCCGGCGAAUAAUUUAUCACCUGGUCAACAAGGUCAAGAUAAUCAAAGCAAUAGUUCCCUAAGGAAAAUCCACUACACCGGCAUCUGCAUUCUCCGGGACGCGGUCCAGGGUAUUCUCAGCUCGGACACGACCUGCCAACGGGAGUGCGCGUUAGCGUUAGCCCGGUUGAUCGACAAGACGUACCUCGAGCGACGGGUGUUCCUUGCAAAUGAGCUCAACAUCGUGAAAGUCUUCACCGACGUGGUCAAUUCUUCCCUGGCCGACACGGAUCCGGAGCUGAAGGAAAACUGCAUAAAGUCCCUGGACACGCUGUUUCAGUUUUCCGUCCUCCACCCCUGUUUGGAUUUGAACACCAAGCUGCAGUCCUGGCAGCGGUUCGAAGAAGCCGACUGCCCCCGGGUUUUGUCGCUCCAUGGGACUUUCAGCAACACGGCGGAGCGGUUUGCGCGAAGCAUGGAAUUGUGGGAACAGCACGUGGACGAGCAGAUGUCCUCUAUGUUAUGCAUUACAAAAGCAUCGUACUAGUAGAAAUCGCAUAAACAAAUUUUUCCAAGAAGAAAACUGGAUUUUCUCAUGCUGAUUCAGGUAGGAAACCAGAUUUGUCAUGCUAAACUGCAAUUUAUGCGAGUGCGAUACUUUUGCACAGGAUACAUGUCCGGGUGGAACAACUACAACGACAUCAGCUGCAUCCCGGCCGACGGCGAGACGUUCCGGCAAAAGUCACAGUUCAGCAUCGUCGAGCAGCACCGCUUACGGUUCAGUCCCAAUUUCGGCGGUGGGGGGAGUGAAGAGAAUCUUUCUCCGUCCAUACACAGUUUGAAUUCCUCCCAGGACACGCAGAUGCGGAUCGGGAUUCGAACCCCGCUAGUGUCACAAGACAGCGAAUACAACAGUACCAGCAGGGACAACUCGCCUAGAAGGACAGGUGGAACAUCUUCAAUGGCGGUGGAAGUAGACAAUAUUAACAACUCCAAAGCAGGUACAACUUCUAGACCGUCGCCCCGGGCGGGAGGCACGACAGCAGCUGGUGCGUCGUACAGGAUGUUUUCGCACCGAUACGCGAACAGGCUGAUAGAGGACCACGACAGUGCAAUGAAGGACGGAACUACGAGACAGAUGAACCAGAGUGCGAACAACAACAAUCAACUUCUUUCUGUGGCUUUAUUAAAUGCCAUUUCCGAGAACACGAACGACAUCGAGGACGACUCCGACAUGCACACGCCGAACAGCGAAAACAAGAACUCCACCUCCCGCAGCCGCCAGGUAUCCGCGUCCUCCGCGUCGUUGCGGAAUCGCAACCUUUACCUAGAUAGUCUCGACAGCAGCGAUGAGGGCGGAGGAACGAACAGCAACAGCCUGAGUUUCAACGCGAGCGGCUCCUUCGGCGAUAGCACAUUAGGGAAAAAUAAGACCAGUCAGCAGUUCUUUGACUUCUCGCCCCCGCAAACCAGGGGCAGCAAUGCUGGUACUAGUGCUUCAGUGCAGAGCUUUCUCGGUGCUGGCGGAGUUGGAGGUCCGCAAGCUCAGCCUCAGGUAGAAGACAGAGAAAACAUCAGCAUGAUGAACUUCUAGUAGUAGUGGAAAAUUCGGUUGUUCUAUCGAGAAUCGAUGUCCUCUUACAUAGAACGGCGAAAAAAUAGGUUUCAGUUCGUGAACUGCUGGUGUCAAGCUGCAAGAUGAACAUUCUGGCGCUUUUUAUUCGAUGCUGCUUGUAGUCUCGUGUUUCGCGAACGGAGUGUAUAGGUUUCAUUUUCAGUUGAAAUAAUCUGUGCUCUGUCUGUUUCUUUCAGCGCCCUUUUCCAGUGCCUGCUAU